GCUAAGGAGGCUGGGAGAACAGGUGGAUGGGCGAGAGCGCGGGUGGGAAUUUACCUAUUGGUUUGCAAGGAACACUGGCUCUUUUGAAGCGUACUUCAGUGCCCAAAAAAUGAACCGCGGAUAUAUAGAAAAUAAUAAUGUCCCACACGACAAUAAUCAAAUGGUUUUGGAUAUGAUUCUUUGUUCUUUAAUUGGGGUUCCUCAACCUAUCAACUGGGAAAAUGUGGCAAGAUUGGUUCCAGGGUAUUCAUCCAAAGAGUGUGCAAAAAGGUUUGAUGAGCUGAAAAGCAAUGGAAGUUCUCCAGUGGAUAACCAGUUCAAUCCAUUAAUGGCCAGUGGUGCGAAACCUGUGGAAACACUAGCUGGUUAUAUUAAAUCAUCACUUCUUGAUACUCAGGAUGAGUUGCAAGAACCCUCUAGUGAAAAUGAUGCAAUUUCUUUAAAUGGAAAGUCAAGUAUAGCUUCCUCAAGGAAUUGCUCUUCAGAAAGUGAAAAAUGCCCUGCACUUAAAGGUGGAGAAAAUGCUGAUGAAACUGAAGGGCCAAAUAUGGUGAUCCAUGUGUGUGAUGAAGCAAAAAAUCUGAAGGAAGAUUUUGUUUGUCCACGAGAUCUAUUGAUUUCUGAAAUGAAGUACUUUGCCGAAUAUCUAUCAAUGGAUGCCCAACGAUGGGAAGAAGUGGACAUUUCAGUUCACUGUGACGUUCACAUCUUUAACUGGUUGAUAAGAUAUGUUAAAAGGAACACUAAGGAAUAUGAGGUUGAUGAAAUACCCACUUUAGAACCAAGCAAUGUCAUUUCAAUACUUAUUUCCUCUGAAUUCCUGAAGAUGGAUUCUUUAGUAGAAAAAUGUAUUAAUUAUUGCCACAAGAAUAUGAGUACAAUUGUAGCCACGCCAUGCAAUAUGAACUGCAUUAAUGCUAACCUACUAACCCGCAUAACUGAUCUAUUCACACAUAAUGAAGUAGAAGAGGUGAAGGACAAGAGAGAUAAAUUUAAGAGCAAACUUUUUUGUAAGAAGAUAGAAAGGCUGUUUGAUCCAGAGUAUCAGAAUGCAGAUUCUAAGGGAAACGCUGCAACCCUUUACAGGUGUUACUUAUGUAAGAAACUUCUUAUUAAGGAUACUGAAAGAAAAAUCCCAUGUAUUCCUGGAAAGAUUAACGUGGAUCAAUAUGGAAAUAUUCUCUAUAUUCACAUAAGAGAUAAAUCUUGGGAUAUCCAUGAGUAUCUCCUGAGUCUUUUUGAAGAAUUAAAAUCAUGGCGCGAUGUAUACUGGCGUCUUUGGGGAACUAUUAACUGGUUGACCUGUUCAAGGUGUAAUCAGACUUUCCUGUGCACUGAGUUUUCACACUGCCAGUAUCAUCCUCAACCAGUCCUCUAUCCUGGUGUAGCAAGUUCUCUUGGUUCCACUGGUACUGGAAUAUAUCCCUGCUGUAACCAAAAAGUUCUUAGAUUUGAUCCUGCUCCUAUUCCAAAAGGAUGUAAAGUAAGAGAUCAUGUGAUUGGCUUGCCUCCUGGAGGUGAAGGUGGGGAUAAUGUGCCCUAUCAGACAGCUAAAAUACUGAAUGAUCUGAUUCAGCACCGAAAUAUUAUUGUUCUGCCCUUUUCAAAAGACCAGAACAGCAAUUCUGGAAUAGGACUGAAUGAUGAAAAGGGUUUUGAAUGUAAUAUUUUAUUGGAGCCAAAUUCAUCAUGGGGGCCCAGAGCAGGAGAAAUUAGUGCUUUCCUUUCUCUGAAAAACUGGACUCUUCAGCUGAAACAACAGUUGCUGCUUUCAGAAGAUGAUGAAUACACAACUGGAUCUGAAGUCACAGAGGAUGAAGUAGGUGAUGAAGAAGAAGUGUCCAGGAAAGCAGGAAGAAAAGAGAGGCCCAAAAAAAAUAUCAGAAAUCCAAAAAAGCAAGUAUCUUCACUGAAUAUUCAAAAGAAGGAAAAAGCAUUGGAGAAGCCUAACUCUCGAGACACAUCUCCCUUUAUAAUGAGUAUGCAGCAGAGUAAGUGGGAUCCUUCCAGAUCACUAAGAUUCAAUCAAGAUGCUCAAAGAGAAGAAGAUCAGCGGCGAAUGAUUGAGAUAACGGGACAUCUGAUAAAAAUUAGGUUGGGGGAUCUUGAUCGUCUAAAAUCAAAAGAAAACAAAGAAUCUGCAGCCGGAAUUUAUGCAAGACUUGAAGCUCAGAUCAGGGCAGCGGCACAAGUCAAUAUUCGUCAGAACAUCCCUGAAAAAAUGCUAAGGACAAAAGCUCGGUUUGGUCAAAGCCGCCCAACUUAAAAACAAAACCCAGAGGUUUUCUGCGCUGAAGCCAAAGCACUUUCCUGCCUUCUGCAACUGCUUCCAGGAUUCCAGAAUCCGGGCACGCUUCUUCCGAAAGGUUUCAGUGACUGACGUUCCCGUCUGCCAUGUUAAUUAUUCUGUUUUAAUGAAUUAAUACCCAUUUUACAUCUGUAGUAAAUUGUAAAUACACCAUUUUCUCUUAAGCAAUGGUGCAUUUAUAAGCCUGCAAAACAAAAUGUAAAGCCCUUAUUUGAUUGAGGGUAGAAAAAGUGGUGCUAAUGAAAUUAAGAAUUUCAUAUUUUGCUAUCAAUUUUUAGUAAUGGUCAAACCUGGCCUUUUUAUAUACUUUGUGCUUUAUCUGGCAACAAUAUUAACUUGUAAUGAUUUAGUUGUAUAAAAUAAGGUUGGUAAUGCCUUUGCAUCCUGUUUAAAAUCUUGAUCUUAUUCCUAUUCUGCCAUUAAGUUUUCCUCUCUACAAUGUUCUCUCUCUCAGUGAAACAGUGUGCACGUUAAUAGGUGCUUCCUCUCCAAACUUCCUUUUUUUAAUGCUUCAAUAAAAAAAAUACAGUUAAGAGAAAAAACUCCACACUAUUUUAUGAGUUACAGACAACCCCGCAGUCUUUUCCUGCACUGAAGUGCCAAAUAUGAUAAAUGAUAAAGGUAAAGUUCAUGUUUGUAACUGAGAUUUUUCAUAACUGACUUAUGUAUAUAUCUCUUUGCAAAAUUAAUCUUUGUUUAGAAAGAAUUUAUGUAUGGAGGUUUCAAGUUGUCAACCUGCUCCUUGAUAUGAAACUGAAAAAUAGAAGUCAUCCAUCUCUUAAAAGUAAUAAGUAACCUUUUGGCAGAGAUGGAUGCUAUGAAGUGCUGUAAAGAUAGAGCAAAUUGUGAAGGAGUCUGAAGAGCUAGCAAAUGCAGUCCUAGCUCAGCAUUUCUCUUCUGCAACCAUCCACUGCAAAGAAUAUUGUGCAGAAGCAUCUGCAGCAGGGGUGUCAAACUUAAGGCCCAUGGGCUGGAUCCAGCCCAUGGGGUGGUUAAAUUUGGUCCACAGGGUCGGCCUGGAAAUAUCAAACGGGCUUUGUUUUUGGUGGCAGAGUGCUGCUGGAGGUCAAAAAACGGGCCAUGUGCGGGGCUAUGUGUGGGCCCCUCGUGCCCCGUUUUGGCCAGCAGAGUGCUGCAGGAGGCAUUUGUCCCGUCUCCCCACCCGCCAGCCCGCAGAGAACUAUAAUGCUGAUCCAGCCCUCGAAGAAACCCAGUUUGAUGCCCCUGAUCUGCAGGAUUCCUUGUAAGAGCUUUAAGGGAAGAAAGACCUCUUCCAGCUCAUCAAUCAAAAUUUUGCAGCUACUUCUCCCAUCUACAGGUAAUCCUCGCUUACCGCUGCAUUUGGCAACUGUUUGAAGUUAGAACUGGUUUUAAAAAAAAGCUUUGCAACCAAUCCUCACAUUUAAAACCUUUGCAGUAUCCCACUGUAAUGUAAUUGCCAUUCGGGUUCUUCACAACUAGUGCAUAUUUACAAAUGUUGCAUCAUGUGGUCAUAUGAUUACCAUUUGCUUGCUUCCCAAUUGGCUUGCAACAAGCAGAGUUAAUGGAGAAUGCAGAAGCAAAAUCACAAGUCACAUUUACAUGACACUUUGCUUAAUGACCACAGUGGAAGUGAUGUCGUAAGUCCAUCAUGGUCCCAUGAUUUUCCACUUAAGGGCUGUGGCAAUUAGCAACAGAAUUGCCAAUUCUAAUUGUGGUUACUAAGAUUUACAUUUACUUCAACAAUUUAAGCAAUGAUAUGAACAGAGGGAAAUAGAACUUUUUUGAGAUUAAACUUUUUUAAAGGAUUUAUCUUAAAAAUACAUUAAUUUCUUUUGAGACCAUAAGAAUUUACUUUUUUUCUUCUAAAACCAAGACAGAAAGUGCACUUCAAUAUGCCACUUGCAACUAUGUUGUCUAUUGUAUGAGGAGAGUAGUUUUCUAUUAUAAAGUAUAUGAAAACAAUUGUGAUUUUGCAAAAUCCAGGAAAUAAGGAUAGUAUUAUGUAAAAUUAGAAAAAAAAACCAGCAGACAACAUAAUUAUGUAGAUAACUACAUUUCUGAUUUGUCAUUGAGACAAAUAUUCCAUAUUUGGUCUUCAUACUUGGGCAUCAUAUUAAAUGCUGAAGGUAAUAGAAAAUAAACCUGAAAGUUGUAGGAAAUGAUGCUAUUCUGAACUGGAUGAGUGAUAGCCACAUUAUUUGUUUGGAAGUUUUCAAAAAAGUUCCAUGAAAAUUAGCAUUUAGAAACGUCCUUUGAUAGGGCUAUAUAAUAUCAAGAAGAGAAUAGACAAUGAAGAUCCUAUUUCUAAACAUAUACAAAAUGAACUCUUAAACUUUAAUGCACUUCAGGAAAAGUAAAUCCAAAGUACCGGUAAAUGUUGAUAAUUUCCAAAAGUUAACCCUAUACAGUAAUAUUGUUUUUAUGCUAUAUUGUAUGUCAAAAUCCAUCACCAUAUUUGUGUUUUUACUUAGAUAUUUUUCAUAGCAAAA